GUCGAGCGAAUUCCCUCCGAGGGGCGGUUGCGCAGAGGUCCACCACGUGUGCCGUCCCUCCGGCGCCGAGUCAGGGUCUCUCGUGGAGUUUGGGUCUAGGUUAGAUUUGGAAUCGUGGAGAUGCGGAAGGACACCCCUCCUCCGCUCGUGCCCCCGGCGGCCCGCGAGUGGAACCUGCCCCCCAACGCGCCCGCAUGCAUGGAACGUCAGUUGGAGGCUGCACGGUACCGGUCUGAUGGUUCCCUUCUGCUCGGGGUCUCCAGCCUGAGUGGUCGCUGCUGGGUAGGUUCUCUGUGGUUUUUCAAGGAUCCUAGUGCGGCCCCCAACGAAGGUUUCUGCUCUGCUGGCGUCCAGACCGAGGCCGGAGUAGCUGACCUCACUUGGGUGGGGAACAAAGGUAUCCUAGUGGCUUCUGAUUCAGGUGCUGUUGAAUUGUGGGAGCUAGAUGAGAACGAGACACUUAUAGUCAGCAAGUUCUGCAAGUAUGAGCACGAUGACAUUGUGUCUACUGUCACUGUCCUGAGCUCUGGCACACAAGCUGUCAGUGGUAGCAAAGACUGCUGCAUCAAAAUUUGGGACCUGGCUCAGCAGGUGUCACUGAAUUCAUACCGAGCUCAUGCUGGACAGGUUACCUGUGUUGCUGCCUCUCCCCACAAAGACUCCGUGUUUCUUUCAUGUAGUGAGGACAGUAGAAUUUUGCUCUGGGAUACCCGCUGUCCCAAGCCGGCAUCACAGAUGGGCUGCAAUGCCUCUGGCUACCUCCCUACUGCUCUGGCUUGGCAUCCUCAGCAGAGUGAAGUCUUUGUUUUUGGUGACGAGAAUGGAUCUGUCUCCCUUGUGGACACCAAGAAUGCAGGCUGUACCCUCAGCUCAACUGUGCACUCCCAGUGUGUCACUAGACUGGUAUUCUCUCCACACAGUGUCCCCCUCCUGACUUCUCUCAGUGAAGACUGUUCACUUGCUGUGCUGGAUUCAAGCUUUUCUGAGGUGUUUAGAAGUCGAGCCCACAGAGACUUUGUGAGAGAUGCUACGUGGUCUCCACUCAAUCACUCCCUUCUUACCACAGUUGGCUGGGACCAUCAGGUCAUCCACCAUGUUGUGCCGUUAGAGCCUCUCCCAACCCCUGGACCUGACAAUGUUGUGGACUAGAACGGAUUUCAGAAAACACAAAACAAGCCCUCCGUCUGCAAGCGUCCACUCUCUUGCCCCUGCCUUCCAUGUGUGAGAGCACAGGAGCCUUGUAGAGCAUGUUUCCUCCCUAGCCCCGUGCAAUAACAGGCAGAUUCUCAGCCUGAGGGAGGCUGCAUCCCAUAGUGACUUGGAGGAAGAAACUUCCUCUAUAAAUGGAUGUAUGUGAGUACACAUGUGUGAGUGCGGUAUAUAGUUUGGAGUGGAGAAAAUUAUUCUUCAGCUUUCCCAAAGCAAUGCUCUUUACCCCGGACAAAGUGACCAGAGGAUUUUAUGCUUCCCAUGUCUGGGAAUUGGCUAUGUUAGGGAUAUGGAAUGUGGGUAUCCCUAGAUUCUUGGGAAUACUUCACACUACUCAGAGGUGCGUAACUUAUUUUUAUAUAGAGUUUAAUUCACUAUUAUGGGAAUUACUUCCAUAGACAAAAGUCUAGCCCAAUGUACCUUGAGGAGACAACAGUUUUGUACAAAUCCCUGUUACACUGAAUCAAAUCCAUUUUCUGGGUGAAUAAAUUUGACCCUGCAGUGUAGCUUGCUCGCCCUUUCCUUCCUUGGUAUGUAUGAGAGAUGUGUGUUUUCCUGUCCUAGAUUUCACAGAUAAGUUUUAGGGAUGAUGGAGCACUUAAAAGUGUUUCAGUGAAGUGAGAAAAUUGACAUGGAUUGUUACAGAGAAAUCUGUCAUUUUUUUCCCACCUAAAAGUUGAUCUGGGUACCUUCCUCUGGAGAGCUGAAGUCUGAAUGUAUUUUUGGACCCCUAAAAUUUAAGAUCCAGCAUCAGGGAAACUGUCGGAAAUACUGAAAGGUGAAAUAAAGACUUUUAUUGUUGAUUUUUCCCUCCCCAAAGCUGUUACUUAUUACCUGCUUCGCUUAGGUGAAUCACCAGAGUGUCAGACUUAACUGCCCACUGUCUUUGUAGUCUACUGUAUUCCACUCUAUUAGAGAUUGUGGAUCUGUAACUGAUCUUAUUGGAGCUUUCCAACUUGGGCUUAGGAAAAGCACAUAAAAUGGGCGUCCUAAAGGAAUGUGAGUGUCCUUUCUAUUCUUGCCAGUCAUGAGCCUGUUGUGAUUACCUUGGAGAAAAAAACACACUUGAGAGUUUGCGGUCAAGGUUACCUGGGAUGGGACUGUGGAAGUAAGGACUUCCGUUGUUACUGAGCUCCAGGGAAGGCAUAAGAUAGGUAGAAUCAGUUUCUGCUUCUUAGGGAUAAAGCUUGUGUUUUGUGUCACUUAGGUAAGGACAGGUAGUGCUUUUGGGGCUUAAGACUAAUAGGGGGAAAACCUGAAAGAAAUGAGUAAAUAAGGUUCUUUUCUUUAUAGGUUGUUACUGGUAAAAGUAAACCACAUAGAUUAAUGCGUGCUACAAAUGUCCAACUUAGUCAAAGCCACAAGUAAAUGACAGGCAUAAUUCUACAUAGUAUAUUAUGAUACACAAGGUAAAAUACCUCAAAUAAUCAGGACUAUGAGUUGUAACAAGUCAUUAUCUCGAGAAUAGUUACAGCAUUGCAAGCCUCAGUGAGGUAACACUAGGGUUAUUUUGAUUGUUAAAAAGCAUUUAGUUUUCUUCACGUUAGUGUUAACUGUUCAAAUGUCUAAACAGGAGUGAACACAUUUCCUUAGCUUUGUUAUUCUUACUUAGCCUCACUACUAUUGAACUGCUGACCUCUGACCAACCAAGGUCUGAGACUUGUUCCUAGAGUGGUGGGUGCUUGGGAGAAGAAACAUUGAAGAUCUCUAUAGUCUCAGGUGAUGACAGGUGUUACUGAUUUCCUAGGUAUCUCACUCUGUAGAACAGCUGGCGGGCCCCUGGUUCUUUAGUGAAGAGCUAUAUGGAUGUUUCUUGUGGUUCACUGUCAUGGCUUCAAAUAUACCCAGUGAGGGCCAGGUAAAAGAAUCAGCCAUCAAACCUGAUGACCUGAGUUCAGUCCCUGGGACUGACAUAGCAAAAGGACUAUUGACUCUGCAAGUUGUCUCCACCUGUAUGUACAUGAAUAAAAUGUAAACAGUACCCAAACUCAAAA